CGCGGCCGGGGCCGCUUCCGGUUCCGGUCGCGGGGCCGGGGCCGGGGCGAUGAGCGGCGGGAACGCGCGGCGGCGGCGGCUGGUGCUGCACGUGGACCUGAACAACACGGUGGUGGCGGGGGACGCGGUGUCGGGGCAGGGCCCGCGGGCGGCCCUCAACACCUUCCUCAGCACCGUCACCUGGGGCCGCCCCGGCGCCGCCGGCGAGUGGCAGUGGGUCAGCGACCGCCCCUCGCUGGGCCCCCCCUGCCCCGGCGCCCUCAGCUACUACAGCCGCCACGGCCGGGAUCCCGCCUUCACCGAGGCGGGCCCGGGCCGCCGCUUCGGCAGCCUCCACGCCCGCCACCUGCAGCUGCUGGAGUGGCCGGACGGGCCGCACGACGCCUUCUCGGUGGAGGGGGAAGGCGGCAAGCGCUACCACCUGAUCCUGCCCGCCUUCUUCCGCCUCCUGGCCGCUCUGCACCGCGACGGGAGAUCGUUCGCCGUCGUCUUCAGGACCUUCGGCACGGACCUGCCCCGCGCCCUCCGGGCCGUGGCUGGCGCCCUGGCAGGCCAGCACCCCCAGUUCCCCGCUCUGCGGGACGUGGCGCUCCCUGUGGACCUGACCCCUGGCCAGAUACGCUGCAGCAAGCGAGGAGUGGUGCUGACGAGGGGAGUGGAGCGGCUGACCAGCCGGGAAGAUGGAAGAAAACUUUACGACUACUUCAGCUCCUUUGAGGGAAUUGGAGGCUUCCAAGACCACUUUGACUGGUGGGCCAGAAACCAGUUCUCUUCCCGAGGCGGGAAGCCACUGUGGAUCGACCCCCACGACCCUGAUGUUCAUCACAUCUUCAUCGAUGACAACAUCAGGCCAGACCCUGCAGACACCAUCGUUGAUCCCCAGGUGUUCUCAGAGCGGGGCAGCAGGAGUCCCAGGCACGUUCCCACCUCAGAACUGUACGACAUAUGCCUGGUGCAGACUGACCUGCUGGAGGCCAUUGCUGAUGAGGACUAUUUCCUGCGCUGUGUCAGGAGGUGCGAGGAGAACUACAACCACUACGUGUCCCGCAUGGAGAAGGACAGCCCGGGCCAGCUGUGGGAUGGACAGUGAUGGCA